UCUCUAGCUAGCUAAGAUCGAUCGAUGGGUUUCUCCAAGGAAUUCGUAGCUGAUAAACCCCAUGCAGUUUUUAUUCCAGUUCCAGCUCAAAGCCACAUAACCGGAAUGCUCAAAUUAGCGAGGCUUCUCCACCAUAGAGGUUUCCACAUUACCUUUGUCAACACAGAGUUCAACCACAGACGAUUUCUUAAAUCUCUAGGACCCAACUCCCUCGAUGGUUUGCCUGAUUUCAGGUUUGAAACCAUUCCGGAUGGCCUUCCGAGCUCAGACGAAGAUGCCACCCAAGAUGUCGACUUAGUUUCUGAUGCUAUCAUGAAAGAUAAGCUUCUGGCUCCUUGUCUAGAACUACUGUUGAAGCUCAACGACCAAGACAGUGGUCCUCCGGUGACUUCUGUCGUCUGCGAUGGUUUCAUGCCGUUCACCAUCUUAGCUGCUGAAGAGCUUGGAGUGCCUGCAGUAGUGUAUUUCACUAUUUCUGCUUGCAGCUUUCUGGGAUAUGAACAAUAUCCCACUUUGGUGGAAAAAGGACUCGCACCACUCAAAGACGAGAGCUGCUUGACAAAUGGGUUCUUGGACAUGGUAUUAGAUUGGAUUCCAGGAAUGAAAGAUAUCCGUUUGAGGGAUUUACCUACCCACUUUCGAACUACGAACCCCGAUAACAUCUUGUUCAACUUCAUGCUCCAAACCAUUCAUAGAGUUGAUAAAGCUUGUGCAGUAAUUGUUCAUACUUUUGAUGCCUUGGAGCCUCAUGUUCUGGAGGCUCUCUCAUCUAUGCCGAAGCUCCCACCUGUUUAUGCAAUUGGGCCUCAACAACUACACCUCAAUCAAUUACCAGAUGACCCUUUGAAGAAUAUGGGACACAGUCUAUGGAAAGAAGAGACUGAGUGUCUCGAAUGGCUUGAUUCUAAGGAGCCUAAUUCAGUGAUCUAUGUAAGUUUUGGUAGUAUAGCGGUAAUGUCACAGCAGCAUCUUAUAGAGUUUGGUUGGGGACUUGCAAAUAGUAAUAUUUCCUUCAUCUGGGUCAUCAGACCCGAUCUGGUUGUGGGUGAGUCGGCGAUUCUGCCACCGGAGUUUGUAGCUGAAACCAAAGAAAGAGGUCUCAUUGCAAGUUGGUGUCCGCAAGAGCAGGUGCUAAACCACCCAUCAGUUGGAGGAUUUUUGACACACUGCGGUUGGAACUCGAUUCUUGAGAGUUUGUGUGCAGGUGUGCCAGUGCUAUGUUGGCCGUUCUUUGCUGACCAACAAACAAAUUGUUGGUUUGCUUGUAAUGAAUGGGGAAUUGGCAUGGAGAUUAGUAAUGAUGUCAAGAGAGAUGAAGUUGAGAAGCUUGUUAGAGAGUUGAUGGAGGGAGAGAAGGGCGAGGAAAUGAAAAAUAAGGCCUUGGAGUGGAAAAAGCUUGCCGAAGAAGCUACUGCUCCCCACGGUUCAUCAUCGAAAAAUUUGGACAAUUUAGUGAAUCAAAUGCUGUAAACAGAGAGUUAGAUUUGCACAAUAUUUUUGAUGAUAAUGUUUUAUAACUAGUGGAUCGAAUAAUCAUGUAAUAUGUAUCAUUUGCAAUUACAAUUUGUGUUUUUGAUUUAAGAAUCAGUGAGUUGCAGAGUGAAUUAGGAAUGACCUUGGUGAGUUGGUUGGUUCGUUGGCUUUAACCAUCGCGACAGCAUUGAAGUCUACUGCUAUGGAAGGUCUUUGGAGGUAUUGCCGGUCUGUAGUAUAACGAAACCGCAUACUGAGGGUGAUGCAUUGUGCAUCACUAGUGCACUGUCAAAAACAGAGUUAGACGUAACUGAGAUCGGGGCAGUGUUAGGAGUCCGUUUGCUGAUACAAGAAGUGAAUUGGAAGCGUGUGUGUAA